CGAAAAUUAGCAACCUCCACUGCACUGUGUGCGAAGGUCUUUUGUAUCGGUAGCUGUGCCAGUACUCAGGUGUUGAGAUACUCCUUUCACGGGAUUUGUGGGACAGAGCCUCUUUUUUUUUCUUAUCCUUUAUCCCCACCCCCAACCCCAUCCCACACCCUCUGCCAUGUCGUUUAGGAAGGAGCUCGAGAAGUACCGGGACGUGGAUGAGGACGAGCUUCUGAAAAAGCUGUCCGAAGAGGAGCUACAGAAGCUGGAGGAUGAACUGGAGGAGCUGGACCCUGAUAAAGCCCUGCUGCCUGCAGGACUUAGGCAGAAGGACCAGACCAAGAAAGCCCCCACCGGCACCUUCCAGAGGGAUGACCUGCUGGCCCACCUGGAGAAGCAGGCCAAGGAGCACCCUGACUGGGAGGAGCCCGUGCCCUACACCGGGCAGAAGAGAGGGAAGGCUUGGGUGCCCCAGAGGAAGACAGCAGAUCCCAUCAGGGAAAAUGUGACCCUGGAACCUGAGGUGGAGGAAGCCAUGGCCACCGCAAGUGAUGCUGAGCUGUGUGACAUUGCUGCUAUUCUGGGCAUGCACACGCUGAUGAGUAACCAGCAGUACUACGAAGCUCUGGCCAGCAGCACCAUCGCCAACAAACAAGGCUUAAACAGUGUUAUCCAGUGUACCCGGUAUAAGCCAAUCCCUGACGAGAAACCCAACCCCACAGACGUAAAGGACACGCUGGAGAAGAUCAGGAGCAACCACCCGGAUCUGGUUGAGGUCAACCUCAACAACAUCAGGAACAUUCCCACGCACACGCUGAAGGCUUACGCCGAGGCUCUGAGGACCAACACAGUGGUGCAGCGGCUGAGCAUCGUCGGGACCAGGAGUAACGACACAGUGGCCUAUGCCCUGGCGGACAUGCUGAGGGUGAACACCACGCUCAAGUCCCUGAACGUGGAGUCCAACUUCAUCACGGGGGCCGGAAUCCUUGCGCUGGUGGAGUCCUUGCAGUUCAACAAGACCCUCCUGGAGCUCAAGAUUGACAACCAGAGCCAGCAGCUGGGGAGUAAGGUGGAGAUGGAGAUCGCCAGCAUGCUGGAGCGCAACACCACGCUGCUCAAACUGGGAUACCGCUUCACCCAGCCCGGGCCCUGGCUGCGCAGCUCCAACGCCAUGAUGAGCAACAACGAAAUGGCGCGGGUGAUCCGGUCAAAUUCGGAUGGUUCCGUCACCCUCACCUUGUCUGUGCCGGAGCUGGAGAAGGCCUUUAAAAAGAAGUUCAAGUCCAAGUCCAAGUCCAAUGCAACAGAGAAGGCUUGAAGGGGUGCCCAUCUUCCAAACCAAAAUGUUGAACAAGUGCUUAGUGGC